CCCUCGCCCACCAUUUCUUUUAUUUUUUGUAGCAGGAGGUGAUGUGUCCCGGUGUCGUGAUACUGAUACAGCAACACAAAAAAUAAGUUGUAGAGGUAGAAUUGAGAAGUUGAACAAUGAACUAUUUGUUCUUUUAGAAAGCUCCUUAUAAUUUUUGCUAUGCUUCACAGGAACUGGACGUUAUUAAUAAGACAUUCAGAAACUACAAAGAUGCGACGCAUAUUUCAACUGGGAAAAAAUUGUGGCUCCACCGAGCUGUGCGGGACACGGUCGUUCUCGUUGCAGCAGUUGUCGGCCCGUUUGCAAACGCAGAGCCGCUUUUUGUCUGCAGCCGCUUCGCCACACCUCCUUCAGCAUAGGGUGAAUGUGAAGCAAGAACCUAGAGGACCAUCAAUUUUUGGUCGUCGAUGCAGCACACCUUCUCGUUCCUUUCUUUCCGUAUCCAACAUUAUGCGAGACCCGGAACAUCUAGAAGUGUUGAGCCCGGAACAGAUAGAAGAACUCAGAAAACGAUUUCCAAGACAAUGUUAAGACUACUACUUGUACUUACAGUAAAAAAUGCAUCUUCCCUGUAUAAGUAGACUGUAAGUAGACUGUAAAUGCAUCUUCCUGGCGGCAUCUUCUUGGUCCACCCUGUUCUCAAGGACGACAGGGAUCCAGCAGGAAGCUCACCAAGAUGAUUUAUGUGAGUUCUAAUAAUGGGCUGUCUUCCAGUCCGUGGACCAUCGUUGUCAGGGCAUCCUGGACGAGCACGACGUGCAUCGGAUGUGCCAAGACCUGAUGGUGCCUGAAAUGACCGACUUCCUUCUGGAGGUUCUGGAUCGGGAUGGUGAUGGCCUCGUAGAUUUCGGAGAGUGGGUGCAGAACUACAAGACUGUCAUUAUGAUGUCGGAAAUAUGCUUUGCUUUUGCAAUAGAAGCGGUAACUUUUAGCGAGUAGAAAACGCCAGGGAAAUCUUCGGCAGAUCGCCGAGGAGAUUCGUAACAUCAGAAGCGACAACUUUUGGAUCGUUAGGAUGUUUAUAGCAGGGCUGAUUUUUAGUUUUAUUGUUGAGUGUACUUAUUCAAGAUGAAGAGUUUGAAGUAGAAGUAGGAGUACGUGUACGUGCAUGGUAUACCAGUUUUGAUAAAUAGAUGAAUUAUUUAUAUUGCAUAGUUAGAUCAUAAUCAUUAUCAUAGUGGCCCGGGCCCCAUGUUGAACAUUCCAUCUAUGAGUAGGAUCUUCAUGAUGAGUAAGUAGAAGAAAAGGAAAUGAAGUGAAGGAGGCACUGAUCUAAUCUCACACUUGUUCGGAAUGCUGCACGCUUUCGCUCAUGGCGACACACAUUUGGCAUCGGGGUUGCAGGGAAUGUGGCGGGGCAUCUCGACCAAGCUGGUGAGGGACCAGGUAGAAAAUCUGAUCUGAAUGUCUUCAGCGUGUUUAUAUUGAUGUUGAUCUUAAUAUUCUUAUUGGCCUUAUAUAUAGUUGUUCAUUUUUACUUAGUAUUGGCGACUCAAAGUAUAAGUAAUAGUAUUAGUAAAAACGAAGUAUGCUCAUCCUCAUGUUGUGCCUGUUUCACCUGUAGUUACAGCUUCCUCUCUAGCUGCCUCUCGUAGCUGUACUAGUUUUUACCUUGUUUGUCCUCAACCUCCUUCUCAUCUAGGCGAUGCUGUCCUUGGAUCGAAACAGACAAUGCCUCCUGCAAUUUUCGCUUUUUACGUUCCUCCUGGAAAAGACAUGCGCACGAAUACGUUGAAGGGCCAGCGCAGUACCGCAAGCCGUGUGAAGCUCAUGGAAAUGCGAAAAAAAACGCAAGCCAUGAUGCGCGGACUAACAGGGGGCACCUCAGCAUCGUCCAGGGGAUAUAGUGGAGGACAGCUGGAAGAUCAGGACGAUAUUGGCAUUGGCCAAAAGGACUUGGUGGAGGAGCAUCAAACACAAGCAUUUUUAUGCUCGGCUUUUACUACUCGUCAUCCCUGUCUCUACUCAGGAGCAUUUUGGUACCUGCCUUUGUAUGACAUAGAAGAAUACCAGAACGGUCGUGGGCAUCUUGCUACCCUUUCAUAGAAUCUAAGGUGUAGAAUACCAGAGACUCUAAGUAGGCGUAGAAUACAACUUUCAAGUGGGCGUGCUCUUCAUGGUGGCAAGUUGUAGAUGUGAGGACCACGACCAAGAUGAAUUAGUACAAUGAACGCACUUACACAUGCUGCAGAAGCAAGAAUAACUAGGAAAAGGUGGGGGUCUAUCAGAGGAAGAUGUUCACUUCCAGCUGCAUCUAAGAAAGUGUUUCUACAAAAUUUUUGUUGUUCUAACAUUGAACACCAGGGGGAGUAGCUCUGCGUAUCAUGACUCGAUGGACAGCUUGGCCUUAGUUCGCAGCAACACCGGGAGAGACGAAACGCUGGAGGAAAAAUUACACCGCCUGCGCAGAUUUCCCAUCGCCAGCGCGAUCAUUCAUCACCCAGGCAAAGUAACAUUAAGGCAAUAGGAAUACGUAUAUGUUACGAAUAGAUACGUAUAGAACAAGUAGAAGAAGUACUGAUUAUAUUACUACUUAAUCUUAGUCAUGCUCCAUCUCCAUGAUCGCGACGUCCUGUGCGCGUUACAUGCACAACUCACUGCAUCACUGCAUCUGUAGCAUAAUUAUGAGCUGUCAUCAUCUGUAUGCUCAGAUGCCAUCUGUAGCAUACAAAAUAAGUAGGGAUCUUUUCUUCAAUGAUUUGGAUUCUUGCUACUAGCUCUAAUCACAGGCGUCUCCAAGGUCCAAGUGGAGCCCGAGGUUGCUCUUUAUGCUACAAUAGUCUAUGAGACACCAAGUAGUGGCAAAAAAAGGGUCAAAAAACUUAUUCCAGAACGCCUGGCUGCUUUCAACGAUUGCUCAGUGCGCUCUUUGGAAGGGUACUUGUCGUCAUUGUCCUGCUCUUUGCGAAGAUGAAUCAGUGGGGGAAUGGCUACUUCUUUUUUUAGAAGUUUAAGUUUUUGUAUUCCUCUGUAUAACAGAUUUCUUUAAUAUGGUAGUCGCAGUUGAUGUAAAACCCCAUCUUUAAUUCUAGAUUUAGAUUGCCAUCUUCUGCUUAUUGCUUGUAGGCAACAUCAUGUGAUACAAGGACCAAAAACGACAAUUAUGACUCCUAAGAAGAUGGAGGAAUUCUAUUAAUCUAGCACGUGAGGAAUUCUAUUAAUCAAAGCUUUUGCUUUAAUCUCUUGGGUUUGGCGUUGGCCACUCACGAAGACUUUGAAAGUAAUAUGAUACAGCGAAUAAAAAUAUGUGCUCUAGAGUGUGUGCGUUUUGAUUAAAUGAACCAUUGCAGGGGUAGCUCUAGAUUUAGACUAAACACCGUCUACUUAGUCUCUUCAGCAUAAUGUACAGCGAAUUACCACUUCUAGUACCACAAGCUGCACAAUACCGUAGUUACGACCAUAAUUACCACUACUACAACAUCUCCAGGUCUGUGAAGCUUUCAGAGAAGAAAAACUGGGGUCGUGCAUCAAAAGGAAUAUCGAUCCGGCAUUUCAACAUAGAUUGUUUCGAUCCCAAGACACCCGAAAAUAAACCUAGCCUUGUCUCACGACUCUGGAUUGGAAGCUGGGUCAUGAGAAACGGCGUCCUACAGGAAUACACAGAAAGGUACUUCUACAACAAGAAGAAGUUGAUGUUUAGUUUUUGGAAUUAGUAGAUUACUUGCGCUGUGUGCUUGCCGUAAGGAUCAUGAGAAUCAUUUUUAGAUGGAUAUAUUUUUAAUCAUCAUCGCCAACCAUCGCCAAAAAAGAAUUAGAGCGACAACAAACAUAUCGUAACCUAUAACACGAAUUGAUACUUAUAUAUAGAAAUUGUCUCUCUCUUUUGGCUUUCAGAGAGAUAAAUGAGAAGAUUAAGAGCAUUAGUCCACUCCUACUAUUCGAAAACUCAAAAUAAACGAGUUACUGACUGAAAUAAGGGAGGUAGCUUAACGUCAAGGCUACUCUUCCUUCUCCACAGUAUCUCGGUUAUUCUCGUCUGUUACUCGCUUAUUUUAGUUUUUCUACUAGAGUUACUAGCUCUACUCCACUCUACCGACCACCUCACUUCUACUAGAAUUACUAGCUCUAGUACUCCACUCUACCGACCACCUCACUUCUACUAGAAUUACUAGCUCUACUCCACUCUUCUACCGACCACCUCACUUCUACUAGAAUUACUAGCUCUACUCCACUCUACCGAGCACCUCACUUCUACUAGAAUUACUAGCUCUACUCCACAACUCUAGCGACCACCUCACUUCUACUAGAAUUACUAGCUCUAGUACUCCACUCUACCGACCUCCUCUUCUACCGACCAGGGCGCCAGCGAGAAGUUACUUGUUGUUUUAUCAACCAUUACUGCUCCACUCCACCUUAUCAGGGCGCCAGCGAGAAGUUACUUGUUGUUUUAUCAGCCAUUACUGCUCCACUCCACCUUAUCAGGGCCCCAGCGAGAAGUUACUUGUUGUUUUAUCAGCCAUUACUGCUCCACUCCACCUUAUCAGGGCGCCAGCGAGAAGUUACUUGUUGUUUUAUCAGCCAUUACUGCUCCACUCCACCUUAUCAGGGCGCCAGCGAGAAGUUACUUGUUGUUUUAUCAGCCAUUACUGGAUUGGAUCGUAGAUAGGAUGAAUAAUCAAGUACCCGCAGAGAACGAUCCAGCGGACAAGUGGGAAAACGUCCACGAGCUUCUCGCAGCAAGCAACUACCCUGAUAAAACCUGGAUCGCGCUAGGUAUAUUUAGUUUUUUAUGCAAAUGCCUUUUGUUUUUUGUUAGAAAGAUCGUCACCUGCUGAAUUCUAAGGCUCUCGAGAUUUUUAAGGGAAAAGCCGAAACUACCGUGGACGUUGAGUGGACAGCCUGAACUUUCUGUGCAAAACAAAUCAAUUUAUAUCAUCUACCACUGGGCUACCACUUCUUUAUAACUAUAUUUUUUUUAAGUUUAACAAAUGGAAUUGGAACAAACCUCCCCUACCUCCUCUACCUCGCAACCCUCGUCCAGGUGCUGGGGCGUACACCCCUUGGGGAGAGAGUAAUUUCCUAAAUUUGGGUGAUCAGUCGGCAGUUUUGAUAUGGGACGAAAAAAAGUGGCCAGAGGGUCCUCCACCCAAAGUCUUGGAGGACAUAUUCCGUGAUUCGGAGCAAACGCCAGAUGGAAUUAUAGCCUUGCAUCAAACAUUUGUGUAACAAAGGAAACAACUAAGCGUAAAAAAGAAACUACCUCUUUCGUACUAGCGGCGUGUGCUGUGGGUAGUUGUCGUUCGAUAAUUGUGGUUUCAACUGUCGCCCCCAAACUACAACUAAGUUGUAUGUGCAAUUACUUAUUGUUGCUACAACUACCACUAGUUGUAGUUAGACAUGAACAUCAAGUCGUGUAGUUUCACCAGUCCUUUUCUAGAAGUGGAAGAAUAAUAGACUCCUCUAACUACUAUGCUAAUGGCAAAGCAGGGCC